AUGGAAGGUCGAGGUCGCUCUGUGGAAGAUAUUUUCGAGGAUUUCAAAAGCCGAAGAGCUGGAAUCAUCAAAGCCCUAACCGUUGAUGUUGAAGAUUUCUACAGACAAUGUGAUCCUGAGAAAGAGAAUUUGUGCUUAUAUGGAUUACUUAAUGAGAAGUGGGAAGUGAAUUUACCUGUUGAGGAAGUUCCUCCAGAGCUUCCUGAGCCUGUGCUGGGUAUCAACUUUGCUAGGGAUGGCAUGCAAGAAAAAGACUGGUUAUCCUUAGUUGCUGUUCAUAGUGAUACAUGGUUGCUUUCCCUUGCAUUCUACUUUGGAGCUAGAUUUGCGUUUGACAGAUCUGACAGGAAACGUCUAUUCAAUAUGAUUAAUGAACUACCAACAAUAUUUGAAAUUGUUAAUGGCUCAACAAAGAAACCAGCCAAAGAGAAGUCUUCAGUCUCAAACAACAGUGGCAGCAAAUCUAAGUCCAGUUCUAAAGUGCGGGCUCCUGAAACUCAGAGCAGACUACCAAAGGCAUUACAACCAAAAGAUGAGGAGGAAGGACUGGAAGAGAAUGAUGAUGAUGAACACGGAGAAGCCAUGUGUGGGGCUUGUGGUGAUAAUGAUGGCACUGAUGAGUUCUGGAUUUGCUGCGAUAUUUGUGAGAAGUGGUUCCAUGGCAAAUGUGUGAAGAUCACUCCUGCACGGGCCGAGCAUAUCAAGCAGUACAAGUGCCCAUCAUGCAGUAGUAACAAGAGAGCUCGCUAG